UGAACUCUUCCCUCAGCUUCACUUCUUUCAGUCUGUGCCUGUUACCUAGCGCCUAAAUCCCUCCGAACCCUUUCAUUGUUGUUCGCUUUCUUAUACAACUUCUUUUUGGCUGUUCGGUCUGUUAGCAUGGCUAUCCGCAGCGCACCUGGUGCCGUCUCAUUUUCUUGAAUCAACCAGGUUCGCUCCACGGUCUUUUUGGAUUCUGUGUUUUUUAGUAGCAGCUUCCCCUUUAUAUCAUUUCAGAAACAUUGCACCAAAAACGUCAUGCAUCAACACCCUCGCUCCCAAGCUCCUCCGCCGCCCAUAUCUGCAACCAGGUCGACUCGGCCGGAGGACAAUGCCGAGCAAGAUACCCGUCCGACCUCUCCAGCCUUUGAUCCUAGGACACCAAGUCGAGGGCUGGGAAUAGAGACAGGAAAUGAAUCACCAGAGCAGAGCCAAGCUCGGCGACCGUCAAAGGAAGCCCUGAUUAAACUCAACCAAAUCAUAUCGAACUACCAUACCAAAGCCGCUCUGAUAAUUCUCCAUUCGCGCGUUGAGCUACCCCCAUCAUUCAAUAGAGGCUCGGAUACUGCUAGGAUUAACCGCUGGUUCAAUGUUGAACUAGAAGACACCGAUGUGCUCAAGGAGCAAUUACUGACUUGGAGGACAUGUGAUGCGAGCGAGAACCGGCCUCCACCGCUAGUUAUCGAGACAUACCUGGACACCAAAGAACUCACUAAGGAUCAGAGCCUUGUUGCCUUGGAUGAGCAUGGGAAACGGUUUGAUGUUUCGGAAGCUCUUUCUGCGUCUCCAGAAAGGCAAUCUGCCGCGCUCCCGCCCGGGUCCAAAGAUGUGAUUCUGGAGCGAUGGAAGGUGGAACUCGGAGAUAUGUCUGAUAAACUACCGGCGGAUCUUGGUUCUAUUCUGCCUACGGUCUACAAAAAGAGCAUCGUCCUGUUCAGGUCCUUGUUCACCUACUCUAAACUCUUGCCCGCCUGGAAAUUUGCGAAAGGCAAAGGAAGGCAUCGGACACACCCGGCUUUGCGGAUCAAGUACCGCAUUGUGGCAGGGAGCCCUGAUGCUUGGAGCUCGAAGCCAGACCGUCUCACGACGCCUCUAUUCGAAAGCAGCGGUGGAGUUGUGGAGACGUACAGUUUCGGUGUGACGGACUCCCCCGCUGGUCCAUUCUCUAUCGAGGUCACCUAUCGAACAAGCUGCGAGUUUCGUGUAGAUGAUUCCGAAGCCCUUCUAAGUUCGCGUUUCAUGGGUGCCGAUGAUGAUGGCUUCCGUCCCUCACUUCCGAGUCGAGACUCACACAUGAAAGUUGUCAAUCCCGAAGUAGGGUCGGUACCCCUUGAGAAACGGACCUUCGAGGAUCCAGACUUCGGUCGUGCAUAUGGCAGCCUCUCGACCUUUCAUCAUGUCGGGCCUACUACUAGCGCAAGUCCCAUAUCAGCCUUACGUGCUGCACAGCAGUCUGGCGCCUCGUCUCCAUCACCACCCGCUUCAUCGUCCCGGAAACCUCUUUCUAUGAACAAGGCAAGUCCUAUAGGCCGUGCGGCCGCUCUCGCCAAUGAAGGUAGUCCGGGCGUUGUCAGGCGGCCCUCAAUCUCUUUUCAGCCAUUCAAAGCCCCUCCGUUGUCUGCCUCUCCAUCCCUUAUCGAUCCUCCUCUUGGAGCUUCACCGCGUUCGACAGUGACACCUCGUGUGCCCAUAUCUGAAUCCAAAACCAUGCCCGCCACGUCCACGACAGGCUCUUCUCGGAAAUCCUUGCCCAAUCCUUCAGAGCAAACAAUUUCCCCUUCAACUUCUGCAUCACCCAGGCCCGCCUCAAUCGCGAGAUACAGCAGCGCUUUCUCUCAUCGUCGGGGCAGGCCUUCCUCUAGCAAUAUCACAAGGCCAGAAGACGAUACCUCUAGUGGGAAAGCAAGUGCUACCUCAUCAAGCGCUCAGCCUGGCUCUGGCUUGCUCGCAGAAGCAACUGGCACAAGUGCAGACUCGCUUCAUGAUGACGAUGAGAACAUUUCGGACUUCUUGAAGUCAUUGGAGUUGCACAAAGAUUUACUUAGUAACUCAAAGUCAACUGCUCGUGAUGACCAAGGACGUCGAACAAUCGCCCCUUCUGCUGCAUUGAGUCGCUUUCAGCGUAUGAAGGAUUCCAAUGCUGCUCUGUCGGACUCCAUUACCUCCUCAUUGAUGCUACAACGUUCGUCAAACUCGUCAAGCAGGCAAUUAUCUAGUGUGCCGCCAAUGGUGGCUGGUACUUCAAUCUCGACAGCUUCUUCACCGGGGAAGCCUAUUUCCCCUCACACACCUCAUACUCCGGCUAUACCUUCGCGCUUGAGCUCCAAUAGUAUCGUUGACUAUAGUGAUCCCGGAACCAACGAUCGACGGAUCCCUCAAGUAGAUCACAGCUCACCUCUUGACGAGAAUACCAGUGAAGGAACAACCAUGGAUGACCCGUCAACCGUAAAUGCGAUUGAUAUUCCUACGUCACCUGCGUCUCUCUUUCCUCCCACUUAUCGGCGACCGAGCUCUGCUGCUCAUCGUCGAAGGACAAUCACAACGGAUGAUGAGGAUAUCUUUCCCUUCAACCUGCGCAGCAUUAGUCUUGGGGCUGAGGAUCGGUCCAAUAGUAGCCUAAGUGCUAUGCAACGUCAGCAAGACUACGAAAGCGAGAAGGUCGGUUCAAAUCAGCCUCAUAGGGCACAGCAGGUCCCAUCUGGGAGUGGUGAUCCAUCUUUGGCCCCGAGCACUGCAACACGCACCAUGAAUGUUCAUCGAGGUGCAGCUGCGUCGGGCCCAUCCGCAGUCCCGUCGGGUCAUCAUAUUUAUCAGCCGCGCUUCAGCCUGUCUCGCGGACGAGGCCUUUCGGGCCCGCAGUCUUUCAGUUCCGGCUCAGGUAGCCUUGCACGUGGCACGAGCAUUCCCUCUUAUCUCACUGAGCGCGAUAACGAUCGUGACGGUAAUGCAAGUGGGAGUAAUAGCGGUACCUCAACACUUGAGGGGCGACGACCUAGCACCGGCCGCAACAAUCCUCCACAAUCGCAGGUCGAAGAAGACGAACCGUUGCUUUUUGCGAUGAGUGAUUUUGGGGCCUCUCGACGCAGUUUUGAGGAAGGCAGGCAGGGUACUCAUAGUGUUGAUCCCGUUAACAACUCUGGCGGAUCACGGCGAGGCGGUGGCAGGCGAGGCGGCGGUCUCUCCAGCUUUCAUGGGUGGCCAUGAAAGGACCAUGGUUAUACUCUGAACCACCCCUUAAUAUAUCUUCUGUGAUGCUCUACGCGCCUUUGGUGUUUGAUUUGGCUACUCUCUUCCCAGGCAUCCUACAUACCACCUUCAAUUCCUUCUGUUCGCCUACAUAUUUAUUCACAUUUUCGAUAUCAUUCAGCUGCGCAUGGCCUU